AUGGCGAGGAUAAAACCUCAGGCUCUUCUUAAUCAAAGCAAGAAGAAGAAGGGUCCGAGUCGAAUAAGUAUUUCGACAAUUAUCGUGUGUAAUCUUGUAGUUGCUGUAGUCAUACUAUCGUUGGUCACAACUUAUCGUCAUUGGUCCCAAAGGUCAAGAAACAAAAUUGAACCUGAAACUCAGAGUCAGAGAUUUGAGGACACAAAUGCUGCAUCGGAGCAAAAGAGUUUCGAUCUUCCUGGUUAUGCUGAUAUAACCACAUCAAAAGGACUUAUAACUGUGGAACUCUUCAAAGAAGGUUCACCCGAAGCUGUGGACAAGUUUCUAGAUCUAUGUCAAAAAGAUCACUUCAAGGGAAUGCCGUUUCAUCGGGUUAUAAAAAACUACUUGGUACAAGCUGGUCACUCGCAGAGCUCUAUACCUGUAGAUGAAUGGACAUCUAAAGGAAAGCUCCGUGGUCGCCUUCAUACAAGCCCGAAGCACGAGGCAUUCAUGUUGGGGACACCAAAAACCAAAGGGAACGACAAGGAUUUUGAGCUUCUGAUCACAACGGCGCCAAUCCCGGAUCUGAAUGAUCAGCUUAUAGUGUUUGGAAGAGUCCUGAAGGGAGAGGAUGUAGUACAGGAGAUUGAGGAAGUGGAUACAGAUGAGCAUUACCAACCGAAAUCGCCGAUAGGGAUCGUUAGUGUUAUACUGAAACGAGAGAUAUGA